AUGGGCAUAGAUAAACCUGCUGUCCGUUUUGUGAUCCACCUUAGCUUACCUAGGUCACUUGAAGAAUACUAUCAAGAAGCUGGGAGAGCUGGUAGUGAUGGAAACACCUCACAUUGUAUUCUCAUGUUUCGGUUUGAGGACAGAAAUAAACUGAUCCAGCUAAUUUACAAAUCAACAUCUGAAGAUCACAUGCAAUUCCAGACACAUUCAUUGAACAAAGUUGUGUCUUACUGUAUGUCAUCAAUAUGCCGAAGAAAGCUCAUCCUAGAAUACUUUGAUGAUGGAUUUGAUGUAAACUGUAAUGGAUCAUGUGACAAUUGUCUUACAACACCACCAUUACCCAAGGAUUACACCAUGGAAACCAUCAACACAUGUCUUUGUCUUGAAGAAAUGUUGGCAGUUAAUGCCAAGAUUAAUGUUAAGCAGCUUGCUCUCAUUUUCAAAGGCUCAAAGUCAAAGCGUGAUAUAGAAGCGAAAGGAUUUCACCUAAUUCCCCAUUAUGGCUUUGGAAAAAAUGCUUUUAAAAAUGAUGCGGACUCAAUUAAAUUUGUGCAACACCUUAUCAUCAAUGAAGUUUUAAUGGAAAAUAUCUGUGCAGUGGACAACAUAUUUACAACAACAUUUAUUACACUUGGGAAAAAAGCAAACUUGGUAAGGAACAGAGAAAUACAAAUUUUUUUAAGGCUAUAA